AUGUCAGACCCUGUAGCAAGCCUCGGAUUGCAUUUUGAUGAAGUCAAUAAGUUACGUAUCAUAGACCCAGAAAUUUCUAAGCAAACCCUUGAUUUGAAAGAAGAAUGUAACGAUUUUUUAAUAAACAUUGACUCUUUUAAAACCAUUGCGGAUGGUUUUAUCAAGCUGAUAGAUUCUUUAGCUAAAGACGUUGAGAGGGAAAAAAUGAAAGGUAUUGGUGCCAGGAAUCUGGUUAAGUCGAUGACAAAACAGCGCGAGGCAGAAGAGCAACAACUGCAGGCAUUAAUAUUAGAGAAGUCUACAGAGCUUGAAAGGUUGCGAAUUCAGCAUCAGUCUCUAUUGAAAACUGAAAGUGAGCAACAAGAAAUCUUGGAUAGACUUUUGUUAAAUCAUUGA